AUGCCGAAGCUUCAAGCUAAAGUUGAAGGUAAAGGUAAUGGAAUCAAGACAGUCAUAGCUAAUAUGGUUGAAAUUGCUAAGGCUCUAGAGAGACCACCAAUGUAUCCAACAAAAUACUUUGGCUGUGAACUAGGAGCUCAAACCAAUUUUGAUACUAAGAAUGAUCGUUAUAUUGUCAAUGGUGAUCAUGAUGCAACAAAAUUACAAAAUCUUCUUGAUGGUUUUAUCAGAAAAUUUGUUCUUUGUGCUAGUUGUGAUAAUCCUGAGACAACAUACUCAAUAAGAAAGAAUACAAUUUAUGCAAAGUGCAAAGCUUGUGGUCAUUCUUAUAUCAUUGAUCCAAAACAUAAACUUUCAAGUUUUAUCGUUAAGAAUCCACCUCCACAGAAUAAUGAUGAGGACAGAGAUAGUAGCAAGAAAGAGAAUACCUCACCAACUGAGGAGAAGAAUACUGAUUCAUUUGAUUUUGAUGAUCAACCACAAGAGGUGAUUGUGGAUGACGAUGAUUGGUGUCCAGUUGAGGAGGAACAGGUAACUGUUACUGCUGCAAUUGGUAAAUUAGUUCUUGAUAAAGAUUUGGACAAGCCACUUGAAGAUCGACUUGAUAUGCUUUAUCACUUUAUUUUAAAAGCUAAGGAAGACGGAACACUUUGUGAUGGAAGAAUUCUUGUUAAUGAAGCUGAACGUUUAGAAUUGAAAGUCAAAGCUCCUCUCCUUUUGUGUGAUGUUAUAUUUGAUCAAGAUAUUUUAAAACAAAUUUCUCAAUACCGUAUUUUACUUCUUGGAUUUACAAGAAAUGAUAAGAAAGCUCAACGUUAUCUCUUAGGUGGUAUUGAACAAGUUAUUCAUAAAUAUAAAGAUGCUCUUCUUCCAAAAGCUGCUCACAUAUUGAAAUGUCUUUAUGAUAAUGAUGUUUGUGAGGAAGAAGCAAUUCUUGCUUGGGCUGCUAAACCAAGUAGCAAAUAUGUUAAGAAAGAAUUUUCUAAGGAAAUUAUUUCUAAAUGUGAACCAGUUAUCAAUUGGUUAAAAGAAGCUGAGGAAGAAAGUAGUGAAGAGGAAUCUGAUGAUGAGGUAGAAUUUGAUGAUCGUGCUCGUCAACAUGGUUCUGUUCCUGUAGAAGUUAAGACAAAUGGACAUACUAAAGUUAUUCAAGAACCAAUAACAGUUAAGAAUGAUGAUGGUGAAGAAUUGGACAUUGAUGAUAUUUAG